AUGACCGUUACUUAUGUUCCGGCAUCAGAUGAAAAUUGUGACGAUGUAGCUAUUGUCGGAGGUGGAAUAGCCGGAUCGUAUGCUGCAUGGAGACUGCGUCAUACUGACCAAAAAAUAACUAUCUACGAGUACUCCAACAGAAUCGGUGGUAGACUGAAUACCUAUCAUUUCCCAUCAGCCCCUGAUAUAAAUGUCGAACUCGGUGCAAUGCGAUUUUACCCAGAAGUCCACAAACUGCUCAACAAGACUAUUUGUGAUGUUGGCUUAGCACAAGAAAUUUUUGAAUUAGGUGGCCUUGCAAAGUCGCCAAAUACAUUGAUGUACCUCAGAGGUAAUCAUUUACGUUUUGAAGAAGCAGGAGGACCUAGAACACCAUACGGCUUACGUCCAUCUAAAUUAAAACCUCCAGAUCAACUAAAAAGAGAACUGUUUAAUAAGUAUACAAACGUGCAGUACUUUAAUGACCCUGCCAGUCAAAAGUUCAAUGUUAAAACUGUGGAUGGUGUCUAUCUCAAUGAUCAAAGUGUCAAAGCAUUUUAUCUGAAAUACGGUGGCCAAGAAGUUUAUAAUUAUCUAAAUGACCUUAAUGGAUUUAAUUCGAUGCAAGGCUCAGACACAAGUGCUACUGUAGCUCUCCCAACAUCACCUCCAACGAAACCAAUCGUCAAUACUAUUACUGGAGGAAUGAAUCAACUACCAGAAAGACUCGUCGAUAUGUUUCUUCAAGCUAGUAAAAAACAUUCCCUACAUCUUAAUAAAAACUUGAUAGCUAUAAAAAAGCGAUUUGAUGGCAAGUAUGACCUCUUCUUCCAAGGUACCGACACCAUUAAUGGACAGACAAAUAUUAGAAAGGACAAUACUUUAAUACGACACUGUGCUAAAAAGGUUAUCCUUGGAAUUAACAGACUUGGUCUAAAGCAAUUGGACUGGGACGUUCUUUAUCGACCACAUAUACGGAAAUUACUAACAGAUUCUACUGAAGAUAUUAACAAGAGUAAGCUAUUUCUAGUGUAUGAUUACCCAUGGUGGAGACGUAAAGACUUAAAUACUAACUAUAUUGCAUCAGAUACACCUCUCCGACAUACUUAUGAUUUUGGUACAUCUAAAUACACACACAAAUCUGUAUUAAAUGCUAUGUAUCUUGAUGAAGAUGUAGAUGUAUGGCUCGAGUUGGCAAGACGGGACAAUAGGAAUGCUGGUGUCAAUGAUUAUACUUUUAAACCAGGAAAUGAAACAAUUUGCUUUGCUCACAAAUAUCUAUCAGAAAUAUAUCAAAUACCACUAAAGCAUAUUCCAUACCCAGUUGAUGGUAUUAUUGUAUUCUGGAAGAAUUAUCCAUGGGGAGGAGAUUGGAAUUUUUGGAAACCUGGAUAUAUUUGGAAUGAAGUUGAAAAACAGAUGAUUCAACCCUCAAAAUACGACGAUAUCUAUAUUGCAAAUAAUGCUUUCAACUCUGGAACAAUCCCUAUUUGGUCACAGGCUGCCUUAGAAAUUGUCGAAUGUGUUUUGAAACGAAUGAAGAUGUAA